AUGAACACAAGCAACGCAAGCAACAUUAACGACUAUUUCACGACUUCACAUUCUUCCGGACGAGCCCACGACCACGACUACGGCGCAUCGGAUAAUGGAUCAAUGAAUUCGUCUGUAAAUGGAUAUGGCCGGCCGCGCGAGGGGCGCGCGGGAGGGUACGGAGGGACCUCCUACCUGGAAUCGCCCUCGCCCGGUGACUCAAUGGAACAGCUGUCUCCCCAGGUAUCCAUGCGGUCUCGCGGUCGGGAUAUAGACGAUGGACCUUCAUGGGGCGGCCAUAGAGACGAAAGUCGGUUUCGAAGCAGCGAAAGGCAGAGGCGGGAGGAGAAUGCAAGGCAGAGGAGUGUCAGUCGCAGCGGACGAGGGCCAGAGAUUAAGGGAGCUGAAGAGAUCGAUGGCGUUGUUCAAAUCAUCGAAGACGAAUGGGACUUUAUGGCGAACAGUGAAUGCAUCCCUGUUCAGGUUGGCUUACAGUUGAUGGACACAAGCACGCUUGGCCGCGCAGAUAGGGAGCCGGAAUUUAUACAGAUAUAUCAGCGGAUUCAGCAAGCGUUGCGGUCAGUGGUAAAUGAGCAUCACCAUGGCUUCACAGUCUUCUCGGGACCACCAGAUUCGAGCUCUGAAGCCGCCCUUUUAGAAGCUAAGGCCGGAUUGCUUACGAUGAAGCCGGAAUUGAAGGACCAGGCGAUAGCAUCACAGUCAUACGAUGAAAUUUUACAGCUUUUUGAACUUAUUGAGCAUGCUCAGUCCCUUCCGGAGCAGCUUGAAGCGCGGAUGUCGGACAAGAAAUUCAUUGCUGCAGUUGAUAUACUCAAAGAAGGGACAGCGCUGCUUCGUCGCCCUGAACUUGCGGGUAUAGGCUCCCUUGGGGACCUCCGGACAUAUUUCAGCAACCAGGAAACAUCCUUGACUGAUAUCCUUGUUGAAGAACUGCAUGAUCAUCUAUACUUGAAAUCCCCAUACUGUUGUGACCGGUGGAAACCCUUGUCCGAUAGAGAUGGGCCGUCAACCGGCGGAGCUGCAACUGCCUCCUGGGAGAAACCGUUUUACCAAUACCUGGCGUCGCUGGAUGCUGCCACGCCAUUUGUGGAAGAUGUAUCCCGCAACCCGGAGUCUGACACAUUUUAUUAUAUCCACCUUGUCUUGGAAGCCCUUCAUAAGAUGGGAAACUUGGAUGUUGUAGUUGACCGGAUUGAACAACGUCUUCCAGUUGAGCUAUAUAGUGUUGUUGAUAAAACAGGUGCCGAGGUGAAUAAUAGACAUCCGGAUAUUCAGAAAGGUGCGCGAAUACCGGGUACGGUUCCUGAUCCUACAUCAGAACGGGGACCUCUUUUAUCUGAAUUCCUGUGGAAUUUGUAUGCCAAAUUUGAGACGAUUGCGGAAGGCCACCGAGUCUUGUAUGAAGUUAUCAAUGGCAUCGUAAAACGGGAUAAACUUCCAAAUGAAAUUCACUUAACAAGCAGCUUCCAGGAAUUGUGGAAGCUAUAUCAAAGUGAGAUGCGAUCUCUACUUCAUGAUUAUCUCUCUACAGAUGGAGCGGAGUCUUUCAGAACCACCACCAGAGCGGCAGAUGACGGAUACGCUCAGUCUUCUGUCAAGCGUGAUAAGACAAAGAAACUUUUCAAAAUGUCUGAAGUAGAUCAAACCGCCUCUGAUUUGAAGGCAGAGCAGGACGAGCUAGCUGAAAUUUUGAGAGCUUCAGUUCCUGGACUUGUGCCAAAAUCACGCCAGAUGUUUUCGACCAGUGAUACUAAUAAUUCUAACCAGCAAAGCUCGGGAACUGGGCAUAAACUACUCAUCGAGCCCAGUGUAUUCAAUAUCAGCUUGCUUUUACCUCCUGCCCUUUCGUUUAUCCAUCGACUUAAGGAAAUAGUCCCUCCAAGUUCGGACAUUGUGGCUAGCACGCUUACAUCCUUCCUGGAUGAAUUUUUGAUAAAUGUUUUCCAGCCGCAGCUUGAUGAGGCAGUGAGCGAACUCUGCACCAUUAAUUUUAUCUCUGUGGACGCCUACACUGAGGACCCUCAAUGGGCCUUACACUCUACAAGGCCAAUAUUUAGAGUAGGGAACCCCAACCCACCGUGGAUAUUAAUUGACUGGAUGGGAACUAUAAACUUUAUGAAUCUAAUAAAAACCUUUAGCCGAAUGUUGGAUAGCAUACCUCAUGACCAAGCCUUCACUCAACUAAUAAUUGAUCAAAUCGUUACUUACUAUGAGAAAUGUAGUGGGUGGUACAAGGCUCUUAUGACCCGAAUAUCACCUAACCAUCCUGGUGGUGUAGCUCUAAAGACUUCAGCGGCCUUUGCGGAGUCAAAAGAAAUCCGUGAAGUCGGACGAAAACUCUGGGAAAGCUCUGAAGUUGAGAAACAAGCAUUAAUUAACAAGGAAAUCGAGCUUCUUAUUACUGCGACCAAUGAAACCUCACUCAAGGGAUACGAUAUGAUAUCUGAUCCGAAGAUAGUUGGUUCAUUGUCAUUACUCUAUAAUAGCAUGAAUUGGCUAUCAAGUAACCUCUCUAAAUUGCGUCACAUUACUCCCCAUCAAACGGAUUCAAGUCAUACCCAGUCAAGACAAGUAGCACCAACUCGGCGAUGGACGCUAGAGGCAUCGAUGAGGCCAAAACGCGGCGACUUGGAGCGGCCUCUUCGUCUUCCUAUGACAAAAGAGUCUGUAGUAGGUUUUGACGGUGCUAUCAAGUCAAUCCAGAAUCUAGCCUUUACGGCUAUCUUUACGCUCCAUCUUGAUAUCCGCUGUGGAUCAAUUUACAUGAUAUCACGGGCCUUGAAAGGCAAAAACGACGGGCGGCAGCCAAAGUCUGAUAGGAGCUCGUCAACUGGGAAUAGCUGGGCCUAUAUUCUAACGGUUGAGCCAACAUCUGCUUCACCUAUUGUUCUCGAGCUGAACAAUGACCUUAUUUCUUUUGGCGCUAGAAUGUCGACAUAUCUAGGGCCGAAUGAAUGUCGGUAUAUCACAUCUUGUCUUGCAAGGCUCAUAGACCGUGCACUGGUUUCCAGCUCCCGUUUCAUAGGGGCAAUGAAUAGUUAUGGAGCCCUAAGACUUCAGCUUGAUGUCCUUGUGCUUCAACAGAACCUGAAGAAUAUCAUAGUUGUGUCCCCGACUUCUACAUCUUCCAAGAGCAGUUUAUCGUUGGAUAAAGAUGCCUCUGCCUCCUUACCUGAAGUCGUUGCACUUCCCCAAAGUGCCAAGUUCUUGGACUGGUUCCUCGAAGGACCGGGAAAGACGUUACAACAUGCGAAAGAAGAGAGAGAUACGUUCAAAGAGAUGGGUAUCCAGGCCUUGAGGGAAGGCAACGGGGAACCAUUCACCUAUGACGAACUGAAAGUUCUGAUUGAGUUAUGUUUCUCUGCUGCACUCAAGGGCCCUCAGGGGCCCGAGUCGAGAGAAGAGUUCAUGGCUGCUAAGCGUGGGCUUGAUGAUUCGUUACUGAGGUUGAGUGAGGUUAUGUGGGACGUUUAA